CGGUCCCUCCCCCUCCAAGGACCAGCCAAAUCCCAUUUCCCCAAAGGCCAGGGAAAGGAAAUUUUAGAGAAAUCGAAACUACUUAGAAAGAGAGGUCCCCCUUCUGCUCAUCCCCACACCUGACCCAGCACAAUCCCUGAGUCUGGACCACACCUGCUCCGUCUCUGCAUCAAGAAACCCACUUCUCAAAGCAUCUCCUCUGCCCGCAACACCUACUUCACCUGAUCCCUGAGAUGCUCAGGGAGGAGCACGAGGUGGCCGUGCUGGGGGCUCCCCAGACCUCAGCCCCCGUGGCCACCACGGUGAUCAACAUCCGAAGCGAGACCUCCGUGCCCGACCACGUCGUCUGGUCCCUGUUCAACGCCCUCUUCAUGAACUGGUGCUGCCUGGGCUUCGUGGCUUUCGCCUACUCCGUGAAGGCGAGGGACCGGAAGAUGGUGGGAGACAUCAUUGGGGCCCAGAGCUAUGCCUCCACCGCCAAGUGCCUGAACAUCUGGGCUCUGGUCCUGGGCAUUUUUCUGACCAUCGGAGCCGUCGCUCUUCUGGUGUUUGCAUGCAUAGCAGUCUACGAGAUGGCUUUACAACAUGCAAAGAGUAACAGAGGCUACUAGCAGCCAUCCACGGCCCAGCCCAAGUCCCCACCAUCCACACUGGCCCUGCCCCACCCCUCCCCUUCCUACAGCAGGUGCUAGAGACUUACCUGUCCACAACUGGGUUCAAUAAAGUGCUCUUGCCUGUGAA